AAGGGAGAACUGUUGUACGUAUUGCACGAAAGCAUACACACAACCACGGAAAAAUGGGUGUUCCUCUUCCCAGAGGUUUAAGAUGUCAGGGCAGGCCACAUUAUUGUCCUGAUUCCCUGGGGUGGAUGAAUCCAAGGAGGAGGAGAAAGCGGAAAGAGCCACUUGAAGAGGAAAGUGAAGUUUUUGAAGAGUCUAGGUUGAGUGUGAGCCAAGCGAGGGGAAUUCACAAGAAGAAGGGGAAUGGGGUUCCCAGACUUGUGGCUGAUCAUUCUCUUUGCGAUGAUAAAAUCCUCCUCUGCAGUUGCUGACCUGAGAGAUUGUGAGGCAGCGGGCAGCAAGUGCCAUCCACAAGCGGAAUGUCUAAAAUUCCAAAACAAUUUCACCUGUGUGUGCGGCACGGGCUACCAGGGCGAUGGUCUUCAGUGCAGUGACAUUGACGAAUGCCUCAGCGGCCUGCACAGUUGUCAUUCCAAGGCCCGCUGCACCAACACCAUCGGCAGCUACACAUGCUUUUGUCUCAGCGGAUUCAUCGGCGACGGGAGCGACUGCUUGGAUAUUGACGAGUGUCAGAAAGAAAACGGAGGCUGCCACGCCGACGCCCUCUGCAGCAACGUGGAGGGCGGACGAAAAUGCCGAUGUAAAGUGGGUUUCGAGGGAAACGGCCUCGAGUGCGCCGAUAAAAACGAAUGCGCCCACCCAAAAAUUUGCCAUUGGAAUGCAACCUGCAUCAACAAAGCCGGAUCUUAUGUGUGCACGUGUAAUCCCGGCUAUAAGGGCAACGGGAACUACCUGUGUCGCGAUAUCGACGAAUGUUCAGAGACUCCGCAGGUGUGCUCGUCCUUGUUUGGUCACAAAGGCUGCAAAAAUCUACCCGGUAGCUAUCGCUGCACUUGCGGCAAUGGCUUUGAAAGUAACGGCCGGAGCUGUGUGGACAUCGAUGAAUGCGUAAGCAGCAUCUGUAGUCGAUUCGCAGACUGCGUUAACACCAUCGGGUCGUACAAAUGUAACUGCGACCCGGGUUUUGCCGGCAAUGGCCUGACGUGCGUCGAUAUCAACGAAUGCAAUGAGAACAACGACUGCCAUCCCAAUUCCGUUUGUAUUAACAGACUUGGGAGUUAUGAGUGCUCCUGUUUGGAAGGGUUUAACGGAGAUGGCAGAUUGUGCGAGGAUAUCAACGAGUGCGCAACACCAAACAUCUGCCCUUCGACCACGACCUGCGUCGACACGGAUGGGUCGUAUUUCUGCGACUGCGGCAGAGGUUUCAUCUUUAAUAACUCCGAGUGCCGUGACCUGGAUGAAUGCGCGGCAGGUUUUUGCAGCCCCUACUCUAUCUGCACUAAUGUCGCCGGUUCCUUCACGUGCCAGUGCGCAGCAGGUUACAGAGGAGAUGGUUUCACAUGCGUGGACGUGGAUGAAUGUUCCAUUUCGACUCAGUGCCUCUCCGACGCUCUUUGCACUAACCUGCCCGGUCUUUAUAACUGCACCUGUCGAGUGGGUUACUCUGGAGACGGUGUGACGGUGUGUAGUGACGUCAACGAGUGUCUGGUGGAUAAUGGAGGUUGUAUGAAUAAGGCGACAUGUGUGAACAACCUCGGCUCUUUCUCCUGCCUGUGCCAGACUGGAUUUGUUUUGGUUAACAAGACUCUUUGCCAGGAUGUAAAUGAAUGUGAGACACAGGAAAAUCCAUGUGGUGUCAAUGAAGAAUGCAAGAACAUUGAUGGUUCGUAUGAAUGCCCCUGCCAGAUUGGAUAUUACCGCCCUGCCGCCAGCAUGGACUGUGUCGAUAUUGACGAGUGUAGGGAGAAUCCUUGCCAUGUUAACGCCACGUGCCUCAACACCAUGGGCUCCCACACUUGCACCUGUAACCGAGGCUUCGCAGUCAAUGGCGCUCAAUGCGACGACAUUGACGAAUGCUCUGUGUUGGAUACGUGCCAUCCACGGGCACUAUGCACCAACUUUAUUGGGGAUUUCUUCUGCUCGUGCCAGCAAGGGUUCAAAGGUGAUGGCUUCUCCUGCGAAGAUGUGGACGAGUGUAUACUCAUGGAUACCAUUUGUCCAGAUUUCUCAAAGUGCAUCAACUCCCCCGGGGCAUAUGUUUGCUCAUGUAUGAAUGGUACAGUGGCCCUGAAUGACACUUGUGUGCCACCCACUCCACUUUGCGACCCAGGGUGCCACAUUAAUGGACUGUGCCACAACUCACCUGCUGGACACCAAUGCGUGUGCGACCUGGGAUACAUAGGUGAUGGACUGGCUUGCUUUGAUAUAGACGAGUGCCAAAGGGACAACAUUUGUCCUGAAAAUGACACAGAAUGUUUGAACGUCCAUGGCUCAUAUUCUUGCGUUUGCAAGCAAGGCUACAUUCUCAGUGGACCUCAAUGCACCGACGUCAAUGAGUGUGAAACAGGACAACACGAGUGCAGUGACUUUUCACAGUGUGUCAACACAGUAGGAAGUCAUGCUUGCUUCUGUCUCAGUGGCUUCACGGGUGAUGGAAAGAACUGCUCCGACUUUGAUGAAUGCCAAGUCCAAAAUGGAGGAUGCCAUAACAUUGCCAGCUGCGUAAACACACCCGGCUCGUUCACCUGCGACUGCCCUGUCGGCACGGAGGGUGACGGCUAUCGGUGCCGAGAUGUAAACGAAUGCGAGCUGAAUUCCACCCUACCGCACAACUGCAGUGGCCGGGCUUUGUGCCGCAACACAUACGGAGCCUACGACUGCCGGUGCAGGGAUGGAUACCUGGGCGACGGCUUUGAUUGUGAAGACAUAGAUGAAUGUCAGGAGAACACCACUUGUAGCACAAAUAUGUCAUGCAGCAACACCAUUGGUUCCUAUUCCUGUUUGUGUAUUUUUGGUCUGGUGUACGACAAGGGCACGUGUGUGAAUGAAGACACCUGCCUGAACUCAAGCUUCGUCUGCCAUCCCCUCGCUGAGUGCCACCAAUACCAGGGCUCCUUCUACUGUCAGUGCAAAGACGGUUAUCAAGGCGACGGCCGGGAAUGCUCCGAUGUGGAUGAAUGCGAGCGAUUCCAAGUUCCAGUGUGCCCUGCUUUCUCAUCCUGUUUCAAUACCAAUGGCUCCUACAUCUGUGAAUGUUGGGAAGGUUUUCUCGACAAUGGGACACACUGUCGUGAUAUCGACGAAUGUGCAACGGGAAACUUCACCUGCCCGGAUAACAGCACUUGCAGCAAUGUCAACGGCGGCUACAAAUGUCAUUGCGAUUCGGGCUUCUUGAGCAACGGAUCCAGAUGUUUGGAUAUAGAUGAAUGCUCUCUGGGCUUAAUUGGCUGUCCUAAUUCCUCCAGCUGCCUGAAUUCAGUGGGAUCUUUCUUCUGUGAGUGUUGGCAAGGUUACCAAAGCAACAAUAGUGACUGUGAGGAUAUUAAUGAGUGCCAGAACAAAUCCACCUGCCCGGAAUACAGCACAUGUAUCAACACUAAUGGCAGCUUCCAAUGUAUAUGCCAUGCUGGAUUUUCCUACAUCAACGACAUAUGCGCGGACGUCAAUGAGUGCAAUGAGACGAGUAUUGAGGACAUUUGCAACCAUGGGUUAUGCAUUAAUGCAAUUGGAUCUUAUUACUGUGAAUGCAUUAGUGGAUUUUGGAGUAAUGGAACAAGAUGUGUGGAUGAAAAUGAAUGUUUAGACUCUCAUAACGCAACGGUGUGUCCACCUCAGUCGACAUGUGUCAACACCCCCGGUUCUUAUCGUUGUCCUUGCAACGAGGGCUUUGUUCUCAACGGCACCAAGUGCCGGGAUAUAGAUGAAUGUCAAGGCCCAAUUGUGAGCCUCUGCCCCGAGCACUCGUUUUGUAAUAACACGGCGGGAUCCUUCAUCUGCGAGUGUUAUCCCGGCUACUCUCCAUCUCUGUUGGGUUGCGAAGAUAUCGACGAAUGCAAAUACAACACCUCCUGUCGCCUCGAUCAGGUCUGCACCAAUAUUCCCGGAGGGUACGACUGCGCUUGUCCUUUGGGAUACCACGAGGAAGGGAACGCGUGCGUCGAUACCGACGAAUGCGACGAUUUACCUUGCCAUCCCUUGGCACGGUGCUGGAACAGGCCCGGUUCUUUUACGUGCCAUUGCCCUCUGGGCUUUGCAGGAAACGGCUCAUGGUGCGAAGAUGUGAACGAGUGUGUCGCAUUGAGCAAUCCGUGCCAACCUGUUGCUCGCUGCCACAACACUCCAGGAUCAUUUCUAUGUUCAUGCAGACAUGGCUUCGUGAGUAUUGGAGACCGAUGUGUAGACCUUGAUGAAUGCCAACAGGCCAAUGGGGAGUGUCACUCUGCUGCCACCUGCUCCAAUCAUGUCGGAGGUUUUCAAUGCACCUGCAGUCCGGGCUGGAAUGCAACCCAAGACAGAGGUCGUGGGAAAGGAGGAUGUGUGGACUUUGAUGAAUGUGUGUCACCCGUGACAUGUCCUGGGCAAACUUCUUGUACAAAUCUGCCAGGGUCUUACACAUGUUCCUGUCCAGAAGAAAAUUUCCUCUGCAACAUGAUUCAGAAUGAGAGCAACCUGUACCCGUUUGGAGCCGAAGUUGGUGAUGGAAGAAUACACACGGAAACACAAGAUGUCAAUUCUCCAUACAUCAAACCGCCAAUAGGUUUCCCAUUCAUGGGGAAAUUAUAUGACAGGAUUUAUUUCUCUGAUAAUGGCCUUGUCCAGUUUCAGUCUGCUGCUGAGAAUGAGCAGCAUCUGUUUCCAGCUCCAUUAGCCGCCCCCAGCUUUCCCACUGAUAUGAAUGUGUCACUUUUGGCCGUGUUCUGGGAUGACGUUGACCUCACACAAGGCCAUGGCCGUUUGUUCUACAAGGAAUAUCACGAGUCCGAUAUGGCAGAUGUGUACUCCCACAUAGCGUUCAAUCGUACAGCCAUUGAUGUUUCAAAAUUCGAGGGGCAGAAAGGGAAGCCUGCUUUCACCCCUUCGUGGAUACUCAAAAUCACUUGGGACCAUGUAAUGGCUGUGUCUUACCAGAAGAUCAAUCAGUCAGAGACAAACACUUUUCAGUGUAUUCUGGCAACGGAUGGGGUACGAUCCUUUGCCCUGCUGCAAUACGGGGAGAUGAGAUGGGGUUCGGGCCAAAGAGAACAUCACGAUGCUCUUAUCGGCUACAUGACUGGGAAAAGCGUCCACAAGGAGCCCACUACUCCCCCAGAAAACAUUUUCGGCCCAGGGGGAAGAUACAGGCCGCAACAAGUCAAAGGGCCCUUGGGGAAGUUAGGCCAGAUUGUGUAUGAUUUAAGUGGACCUAAUGACUCUGAGGCAACGCCAGGACUUGCGUGCCAGGCAUGGGCAAUGAAGCAGCCUGAUCCUGCUGACUGGACUCAUGGCUUACCUUCAUGUCACUGUACCCGUACCCAGGCUCUGGAAGAUUUGUCCUUUCUGCAAGAUACCGCUGAGCAAGGAUCACAAUUGAAGAUUUUGAGGGAUCAGAGAUGGGGUGCUGAUGGGGGCCACUUCUUCCGCUCCAUUUUGGCCAACAAAUACGGAGCCGGAAAAAGAUGCGUGUAUGAUCCGCAGGGGCCUCUGCUGGCGGGUUACAACGAGCGCUACUUCUCAAGACAAAGUACCCAGAAACAUAUUGAUGAAGACCUUCUGCCUUUCCAGUGGUGUUGCAUUGGAUCUCCUCUUUGCCACCUUUACCUCAAAAAGCGGCCAAUCGACCGCUGCCAAGGCUACAACUGGGGCAGUCUGGAUGGCUCCAAGCUAGGCAACACGGCAACCAAUGGUGUCGCAUUAGUAUAUGGCAGCCUCCAUUUCAUCACCUUUGACGGCACAAAGUACUCCUUCAAGGGAUUAGGAGUGUUUGUGAUACUUCGGCUAUCUUCCAACACUGGAUCGAAUAUCUUCACCCUGCAAGGACAGACUGAGAGACUGCGCACACAUCAAAAAGGGAGCAUUAACUUCCCAGUGGUGGUACGCAUGGCCGCGUUCCACCAGGGCAUUGGCAAGAUUGAAUGGAGGUGUGCAGAGAAAGGAGAAGGACUGCGGUUGUUGAUAGAUGACGUCGACAUUUUUGUCACUGUUGGUGUGGUGCACGUGGGGGAAAGAGACUUUGCCGUGCGAUGUGUUUCAUUGGAUCGCUGUGCAGCUUUGUACGCUGGCGGUCUGCAUGUGCUGGUGUGGCGUGUGGAAGGCCACAACCAGUUGGCGGCCAUCGUGCAAGUUCCUCAGACUUUCUACAACCGAACAGUGGGCCUCAUGGGCCUCUGGAGUACUAACCGUUCAGAUGACUUCCUCAUGUCCGAUGGCCGGCCGCUGUCCUCAGUAGAUCGUAAUCCGCCCUCAGAAGAGAAGCUGUAUCUUUUUGGCUUAUCCUGGGCAGUCCCACAACCAGAGCGCCUGCUGUUCUCUCCUUCUCCUCUGGAUCCAUUUGAACCAAUCUCUCUCAAUGAAUUACUGAGAAGCUUCAGUCCUGACGUGGUGGAGGAUAUGAGGAGAACCUGCCAAAGCAGCGUGCAAUGUGUCCAAGACAGUCUUGCAUCCGGCACAUCUGACCUGGGACUUCAAACCCUGAAUGCAGAGAAACAAUACGAAAAUUUUGCCCUAAUAUAUGGCAAUACACCGCCCAUAGUGACAGAACCGACACUGAUCCACGCUCAGGUCAACACUACUGUCAACAUACGAAUUAUCGCCCAGGAUCCAAAUGGAGAUCCUAUUAUUUAUUCAAUACUCUUUCCGAGACCCCCACAGGCCUCCAUUGGCAGUGGUGAUGGUUACUUAACGUGGACGCCUCUCAGCAUCAUGCCCGUCAAGCUAACUAUUAAGGUCACAGAUAAGCUGUCCAGCUCCCUCUUUACGCCAAUUCUGCGACUCUGCAACUGCUUUAAUGGAGGCACUUGUGUGUCUGACAACAUUAUUGAAAACCACCUACAUGGAAAGUUCCAGGUUUCAGGAUGCCUAUGCCCAAAAGGAUUCAGAGGCAAGUUUUGUAGGGAGAUUGCAAACCCAUGUAAAGGUAAGCCAUGUUUCCGAGGAGUACAGUGUCAAUCGGAUUUAAAGAGCGGGACCUUCGACUGCGGACAGUGCCCGAAUAACACCGUGUCCAACGGGAAGCAAGGAUACAAGUGCUUCGAGCAUGACAUGUGCAUGCCUCCUUUCACCUUCCCCUGCCACAAAGAUGCAACUUGUUCCAGCACGAAACAAAACUACACCUGCGCAUGUAAACCCGGCUUUGUCGGAGAUGGAUUCAAUUGUACAGACAUAGAUGAGUGUGCUGAGAUGUCAACGUGUCCCAAUGCCAAGUUUGAGUGUAAGAACAAACCGGGAUCUGUCGACUGCUUCUGCAGAUACCAGAACGAUAAGGACUCUGAUGGAUGUGGCGAUUCUGCCAAUCCUCCAGGGGGUAAUGUGUUCAAUGUGUCUGUGGAUUGGAGGAGGAACAGAGCUGAUGGACUUAGGCAGCUGGAAAACAUUCUGUCCCUAGGCUUCCAGAAUAAAUUCUAUAAUGCCAGUAAGAAGAAUCUAGCACAGAGUUCCAGUCCAAGUCCGGUUGAGUAUCGUAUCAACGUGUCCAGUGACACACCUCACUGGUACAUCAGAGAUUACCUGGCCAGAGUCAGCAGCCACUAUGACAUCAGAAGCAUAGAUGUUGAUGAUCUGGAUGAAUGUCAGGCCAAGGAGGCGGCGUGUGUGCCCCCUGCCCUCUGUAUCAACACUUAUGGGGGCUACCGGUGUGUGUGCAAUGGCACAACUGAUGUGGGUAAAACACAAUCCUGUGUAUUAACAGAUAGAGAAAAGAUCAACACAGACAACCUGGAUCUUAUAUUGGGCCUGGUACUUGGCAUCGGCAUCCCCAUGCUGCUUCUUCUGGCUGCACUGGCCUGUUUCUGCUGUUGCCGCAAAAAGACGGUGACUGGAGAUCUGCCUCACUUGGUAGCAGACAACAUACAGGAAGCAAACAAUCCUCUGUCCUUCAACUACUCGGACCCUACUCUGCACUACAUGACCCACUGCAGUCCCCGGAUCAUAGACAACAUCACACCACGGCAACGCAUCAGAUAGCACUAGCUGAAUUUACACAGCAUGUUUUUGUUACACUUUUGAGACCUACCAAAAAUACAUAUUGCACAUAGACAUGCAAAACAUACCAGAAGCACUUUUCAAGCAGUUGUUUUAUACUGGAGAAGAAUGACUUAUUUAUAUUGUGAACAGCAAAUA